GUAAUUUUUAUAUCUAUUUCCUAUUAUCAGAUUGUCAAAGUAUCUGAAAAGGUUAUUUUAGGAUAGACUUGCGUAAAAGUUGUAAAAUUUAGAGUUCAGAUUAUUUUUAUAGUUGUAAUUACAAAUGCUGAAGCAGUAAAAUUAGUCAACAUAUAAAGAGGAUGGCAUCAACGGGAAGUACACCUUUUCCUAAAUGGCAACUGGCCAUUCUUCUCGGUGCCCCUCUGGCUAUCGGCUUAGGUUACCUUUAUUUGAGAAACAGGUUUGAAGAUCCAGAGAAAAAGAAGGAAGCUGAACUUAAAGCCAAGACAACUAUUUCAUUAGACAAUGAAGAAAACGCGAAAGUUUCUGAAAGUGCUAUUGACCGUGCAAUGAUAUUAAAGGGUGCCGGAAAUCGCGCUUUUCAUGGAGGAGAAUACGAUAAAGCAAUCACCUUAUAUAAUGAAGCGAUCGAGGCUUGUCCUCCUGACCGUUCCGAGGACUUAGCUACAUUCUAUCAGAACCGUUCUGCCUGCUAUGAAAAGAGAGAAAUGUGGGAUCAAGUGAAGGAAGAUUGUACAUUUGCAUUGAAACUUAAUGAAAAGUAUGUAAAAGCCUAUCUGCGCAGAUCCCGUGCUGCAGAAAAAAGUGGUGAUCUGGUUCUAGCAUUAGAGGAUGUAACUUCAGCUUGCAUAUUAGAACGCUUUCAAGUUCAGAGCUCAUUAGUGAAUGCUGAUCGUAUCUUAAAAGCUCUAGGAAGACAACAUGCCAGAGAAGCUCUUUCCAAACGACAACCAGUCAUGCCUUCUAAGCAUUUUAUCAAAACAUACUUCUCAGCCUUUUUAGAGGAUCCUAUUACAAAAAUUCACAUUGAUGAAAAUGAAUCUGGUGGGUUUGCAAAAGCCAAGCGGGCAAUUGACACUCAAGACUAUGAAGCCAUUGUUGAUGCCUGCUCUGAAGAACUAGUUUCAGAAGGUUCAUACAAAUAUGAAGCUCUACUGUUGAGAGCUACAUUUUAUCUACUUCUUGGUAGGCAUGAGGAAGCCCAAGUUGAUUUGGGUAAGGUAAUUGAAAGUGAUGCUUCUACAAAAGUGAAAGUGAAUGCUCUUAUCAAACGUGCCUCUCUUUACACACAAUUGGAGAAUACUGAGAAGUGCCUUGAAGAUUUUGCCAAUGCAGCACAGUUGGAUCCAGGCAAUUCUGACAUAUAUCAUCACAGAGGACAAGUAUAUUUAUUGUUAGAGCGAAUGGAUGAAGCCACUUCUGAAUUUGCAAAGGCAGUAGAACUUAAUUCAGAUUUUUCUAUUGCUUAUAUUCAGAAAUGCUAUGCUGAUUAUAGACAUGCUCAAUUUCAUAAGAACAUUGGGGCUUUAACACAAGUACGAGCUGAUUUUGAACAGGCAUUGGAAAGAUUUCCUAGGUGUGCUGAGGCCUACAUCUUGUAUGCCCAAGUAUUAUCUGAUCAGCAGGAAUGGGGAAGGGCUGAAGCUUUGUUUGAUUCUGCAUUAGCUGUAGAUCCGCACAAUGCUACCCUUUAUGUUCACAAGGGUCUAGUUCAGCUGCAGAAGAAUACUGAUUUUGACAAAGCUGUCAAAUUAAUUAACAAAGCUAUAGAGAUGGAUGAUAAAUGUGACUUUGCAUAUGAAACUUUGGGAACUAUAGAAGUACAAAGAGGAAACUUACGCAGGUCGUUGGAACUGUUUGAGAAAGCAAUUGCUUUGGCUAAAACAGAAUUGGAAAUGACACAUCUAUUCAGUCUCAAAGAUGCUGCUGCUGCACAAUUAAAGGUAUCACAACGUUGGGGUCUCGAUUGGACUGUGAGCUAGGCAGUAAAAAAGGACAACGAGAAUAUUAAUAUUGUCUUAUAAAUUUGUUGUGAAUGUCAAAGUAGGGUGGGUAAUUUAAUUCAUUUGACAUGCUGGUUUUAAUAGAUUGUUUGCUACAUGUGUACAACAAGUUCUUUCUCAGCUCAAAUAACAUUUAAAGCAUAUGCCUUAAAUGAUGAUUUCCUGAAAAUUUAUGAUAAUGUGCAUUGCUUAAAGAUUAUAAUUUGACCCUACUAUGAAUUUCUCAGAUCCAAAAAUACACUGUAUUUAUGUUACCGCCGAUGACUGCCCCAACCUUUGUACAUUUAUUGAUAUAAAUUUAUUUUUGACACUAGAUCCAAUAUUAUCUAAAAACUAUAUAUAUUUGACACUGGUAGGUAAUUUAUAUUUGUUGAAUUAAUAAUUACAUUUUUCAAACAAAAUUCAUUACAAUAUUUGCUAAUAUGAAUGUUAUUGAAUGAUUAUAUUAAGCAAACAUGUACUUCAUAUUGAAGUUUGUUUUUGGAAUCUUGAUGUUUAUUCUAGUUAUGAAAAUAAUAGGAGUGAUGUUGAAACAUAGUAAAUACUACAAUUAAAAUCAUUCCAUUUGAAACAAGUACUGUAAAAUUGUCUCAGUAUAUUAUUGUUUGGUUAAGUUAUCAAACUCGCAAAAUUUAUUUUAUUUGAGAUUCAAUACUUCUGUAAGUAUUUUAGGGACAGCCAUAAAUAUCACCAAAAAGAUACAAAAAAAUAUUGUGCCACAUUAUCAGUUAAAGUUAAACUUCAAAUCUAUCUUGUUACUCUAAAGAUAAAUUAUAUUUAUAAGGUUUCAUUCAGGUUUCUAUGUGUGAUGUGGUUAUUUAGUGCAUUUCAAUUUCUUGUGUAUUUAUAAAAUAGUGUUUAAGCAGUCAGAAUUCGAUAACCUUUCAUUAUUGUUGUCAAACUGUAAGAAGAAAAUCAUUUAUGAGGAUAGAAGAGUUACGGCGGUAUACAUAAUGUACAUCCAAGUUUCAGACAUGGGUAACAAAUAGUAAUAACACUAGUUGAAAAUAUUUUAUUUAAAAAUGUAUGCUGAAAAUUCCAUUUCAAUCUACACGCGCUGGAUGCACUUUCAAUGCAGUAAUUUGACAUGGUUAUAGAAUUAGAAAGCUAAUGUGGUUCUACAAGAGUUAUUACCUCACCGAUAGUAAAUAGUUAUCAAUUUAUGAAAACUUCAAAUAAAUACAUAAAAAUA